AUGAGGGCUCUGACUUUGCAGCGUGCAGAUGUGACCCAAGGAGGGCAGCAGCCACAGGCCACAUGUGGGAAGUUGUCUUCCAACUACGCUCCGCCAUGUCUGGAGAACAAGCUCCUCACUCAGACGUCCACACUCAUGCCCCCACUUUUAAACCUUGCAAUACAGCCUUCCUCGUGCCCUGCUCUGCAGCCCUCCGCCCUGUCUUCCACUUCAUCCUCCCUCCUCUCCACCUCUUCCGUCUCACCUUCCCUCACCUCUUCUCUCCUCAGCACUGAGAACAAGCUUCUAGAAAGCCGAUCACCUCUUCUUUCUUUUUCCCUGACCUCCCAUACAUCUGUCCCUCAUGACUCCUUGCUCCCAGCAUCCCUGUCCAGCGGUCGCUUUGCUCAUCCUUCUUCAUUCCUCACUGGUGUUUUGGGUGGAGAGGAAAAGAGGGGAGAUGAAGGCAGUGAGGAAACAUCUGAAGCGAUGCAGUCUUUUUGUGAAGAAACAAGUGAGACGCAUUCAGAGGAGGAGGACUUUUGGUCUGAAGACGAGGAUGAGGAUAGUGAUGACGGGUCAUGCAUGGAAUUAUCUGCUGUUGGAGCCGUUAGAAGCCGGAGAGCUUUGGUCGUCAAACAGGAGGAAUUCCCUGAGCUUGAAAGGGGAGAUGAUAAGAUUGAAGAGGAGCUGAAGGAUAACAAAUAUCUCCUGCUGAACGCUGUGUGCUGCUCCCUGGUCAAUAAGAGCAAAAAUCCAGGAGAGAAGGAGUGGGACUCAGAGACAAGUGUUUGGACCAGGAUCAUGAACCUGGCAAAGGGCAUAUCUGUUUCUGACCCACAGUUUCUUCUCAAGGUGGCAGUCUACACUCGACAGGAGCUGAACAUCCGCAUCACAGCAAACUUCUUAUUGGCUCUGGCUGCUAAUCAGCCGUCCACCAAGUCGCAUGUCCGCAGAUACUUCUGCUCUGCCGUCCAGCUGCCCUCAGACUGGCUGGAAGUCGUCAGAAUCUACAGCACAUGCUUCAGCCGCUCCCUGCCCAUGUGCCUGAAGAAGGCGAUGUCUGACAAGUUCAAGCAGUUCAACGAGUACCAGUUGGCAAAAUACAACACACGCAAACACCGCUGUAAACACAGCCGCAAUAAGCCCGAAGGCAAGAAACCAAGCAGCAAGGAGAUGAAAGGGUGGGCAAACUUACUGCGGUCAGAUGAGACUGUUCUGUCCAAGUUUUUGCAGGUAGAGGGCAGUAAAGCAGUGGUGGAUAAAAAGCAGAGUGAGUUCAGCAUGAAGAAGAUGAUCAAGAAGCUUCACAUUAAAGAACCGGCUGAUCAUGUUAUGGCCAUCCUGGGAAAGAAGUAUCCCGCUGAUCCAAAGAUAUUCAGCCGCAGUGGAAUAAAGGGCGCGUGGGACAGGGAGCGAGCCGGGCAGAGGAUGAAGCUCAAAGAGCCGGAGACGUGGGAACGGCUGCUCAGCCAGGAGGGGAACAAGGCUGCUACCUGGGAGAAGCUUAUAGACAAUAAGUCUCUUCCCUUCAUGGCCAUGCUGAGGAACCUGAGGAACAUGAUCACUAAAGGCAUCAGCGAGGCUCAUCACAAGAAGAUCCUCGACAGACUCACCAAUAAGACAGCGGUUAUUCAGAGCCGACAGUUUCCCUUCAGAUUUCUUGCUGCCUACAAAGUCGUCAUGCAGCUUCAAACUCUGGCCAUGGCAUCACAGAAGGCCAUCCCUCCAGUUAAAGAGAUCCUGAAGGGCAUCCUGAAGAAGAUUCCCAAGAGCAAGCGCUUCAAAAGUAUGGACUGGGAGACGACUGGAAGGAGCCGGCUGAAGGUGACGCUCGGGGUGCCGUUCAUCUACCGACUGUACCGAAUCAAGAAGGCCCAGCUCAAUAAAGCCAAUGAGAAGCUGUACACUGUCGAACUGUUGGAUCGUUACCGCAAAGCUCUGGAGACGGCCGUGCAGGUCUCCUGUCGUUACAACGUGCCCCCGCUCCCUGGACGGACCGUUAUCCUAAUGUCUGCGUUCAUGAGUGCCAAUACCGACACGAAAGUGACACAGGACUUCUGCCUCCCACCGGACCCUGAGGAGAAGGAGGAAAAAGAGGAGGAGGAAGAGAGCAAGAGGAAGAGGAAGAAAAAGCAAGAGGAUGACAAGCUCACUCCAUCUCCUGACGAGAUUGCAGCUUUGUUGUCUCUGAUGAUCUGCAACAGCGCUGAGGACUGUCAGCUCUGCAUAAUGGAUUGGCGUAAUGGUCAAGAGGUCAAGCUGAAGUCGAAUGUUGUUCUCGAUAAUGUCAGGAGUGUGGUGAAACAGAUGAAGGAAUUUCACGAGUCAUCAUCGAAUGACAAAAGUGUUUUCUCCACACUGUUCAGCAACAAAAACAAGAUUGACAACAUCAUCAUUCUGACUGACAACUAUGUUCCUCAUUCAAUUGAAUGGAUCAUCAACCGCUACCGGAUGGAUGUGAACAACAAAGCCCUCUUGGUGAAGAUUUUAUUUUCAGACAGUGAUCACGAGUUUACAGCUGACAGGAACACUGUGAAACUGACCGGCUUCAGCGAACAAAUCCUCAGGUUUGUGGCAGAGCGAGGAUCAUCCAGGCUGCUGGAACAUGUGGAGCAUUUAGACAAACUGUACAACAUCCCACCACCAGAGGGAGCUAAAGACCCCCAAAACGCAAAUAACAUCGUCCAAAUAUCAGCCAGCCCCAAGUUAAGGUGGAGAGGCGUUCGUGUGUUUAUCUCCUCCACCUUCAGAGACAUGCAUUCUGAGCGGGAUAUCCUGGUGCAGAGCGUGUUUCCAGAGCUCAGGCGUCGUGCUGCUCAGCACUGCCUCUACCUGCAGGAGGUGGAGCUGCGUUGGGGUGUGACGGAGGAGGAGUCAGAGCGGGCCACGGAGCUGUGCCUGUCGGAGGUGUGUCGCAGCCAGAUGAUGGUGGGAGUCCUCGGAGAGAGAUACGGCCUGGUGCCUCCAAAACCCGUCCUACCUGACCUGCCCCAGUACAGCUGGCUGGCCUCGGCCCCAGCAGGCCUGUCCGUCACAGAGAUGGAGAUCCGUCAGUUUGAGGCUCUUUACCCCAACACAGCCAACCAGAGAAUGUUCUGCUACUUCAGAGAUCCAAACGUCAUCAAAUCAGUCCCGGUGGCGUGGAGAUCUCACUUUGCUCCUGAAUCAAAGGAGGCGGAGUCUAAGAUGGCCUCUCUGAAGAAAAGGGUUCUGGACCAUGAAGUCAAGGUCACUGAGAAUUACCAGAGCGAGUGGGGGGGCGUUGUGGGGGGAAAACCGUAUCUUAAAAACCUGGAGGACUUUGGCAAGGCCGUGCUGGAAGACCUGUGGACGGCUGUCGUGAAGCAGUUUGUGGAGGAGGAUGCGGAUGCUGAGGUCAUGUCUGACGUGAAAGAACAGGAGGUGCACCAGGGGGCGCUGCAGAGGCAGUUCUUCGGCAGACAGAAGCUGCUGGCUGCAGCUGUGGAGAUAGUGGAGCAGGCUCAGACUAAAGGAGGGAUGAUGGUGGUGGAGGGAGGACCGGGAGAGGGGAAAACUGUCUUCAUGGCUGCUCUCGCAGAGACCCUCAGGACCGGUGUGAAGUCCAGGAACAACCUCGCCUGUGAUGUCAUCACGUACUCUACAGCUGCCAGCCAAUCGGCUCGCUCUGUGGAAAACCUGCUCCGCUGCCUCGUUCAGUGGUUGAAGAAAAUGAAAGACUCUGAGGAGGAGGAGGCACCUCUUCCCAGUUCUUACAAAGAUUUGCUGUCAGAGUUUCACUCCAGUUUGAGUGACAUGAAGAAGAAAACACCUCUUGUGCUGCUGGUUGAUGGAGUGGAUCUCGUCCAAGAUGGCAGAGGUCAGCUCUGCUCUGAUUGGAUACCGCAGCAGCUUCCACAGGGUGUUUGUUUGGUCGUGAGCAUCCCAUCCAAAGCUGCUCUGCUCCAAACGCUGGCUAAGAGAAGAGGCACGGUCCUGUUUUCUCUGGGUCAGCUCACCAUGCUGGACAGAAAGGAGAUCGUUCAGAAGGGACUGGACUCCUUCGGGAAGAAACUCAGUGACUCUGCAUUCAACAACCAGCUCCAGACGCUGUUAAUGAAGAAGGGAGCAGUGAGUCCUCUCUACCUGCACCUGGCCUGUGAAGACCUGAGGAACUUUGCCUCCUUUGACAAGUUGAAGGAGAGCCUCCAGGACUUGCCUCAGUCUCUGAGUCAGUUGGUGCAGCACAGCCUGGACAGACUCUGCUCUCAGUACAGAGGCAUGCUGGGACUCCGCUGGGCCCUGGCGGCACUCACUGUCAGCACCACUGGUCUGAGAGACAGAGACUUGUAUUCUGUCCUGAACACAUGCAACGAGUUAUCCUCACGGGACGGACAGGCCACAUGGGAUGAAGUACUUCAUCUGUCCAGGCAGCCCAAAGGACGUGUUCCCAUGGCAACGUUCACCCGAAUAGUGCACAGCUUACAGAGUCUGAUUGGUCCGUCUCAUUGCCACAACACCGACGACCUCCUGGCUCUGAACAAUCUGGAGGUGAGGAGAGCCUUUGAGGAUUUUUUACUCCAUACCGAGAGCGACAGAACCAGAGCUCACCUGGUGCUGGCAGGUCAUCUGUGGGCUCUAGCCGACCCACAGGGCGCAGACACCUUCCUUCACUGUGAGGCCAACUCCAUCAUGCACCUGCCAACAAACCUGAUUCGAAGUGGUCAAAUGGAGGCGCUUCAUUCCCUUCUCUCCAGCUUCUACUUCCUGUACGCUCAGGUGCGUCACGGCCUCCUGCAUCAACUCCUGGAGACCUAUCGCUUGUGUGAUAUUAAUCAUGACUCAGCACCUUCAUUUGGUUUCCAAGAAAGUCUAGAAGACUGUCAUAGUUUCCUGAAGCGCCACGCCCAGCUGCUCUCCUCAUGGCCGGCUCUUUUCAUUCAGCAAGCCCUGAACGAGCCUCCUGAGACCUCUGCUCACACCUGGGCUCAGGGCCUGGUGGGGAGAGGAGGGGUCCAGGUGGUCCAGUGGUUGAACAAUGACUAUCAGGCUCAAAGGGAGAGCAGUGAGCUGGUGUCCACCUUCUCCUCCGAACCGACCUGUUUGGUCGUGAGCACGGAUCAAGAGCUGAUGGUGGUCGGCACUGGGAAGGGAAUGCUUCAUCUUAUCAACACACAGACCGGACAGGAAGUGAAAUCUCUGGUGAGCAGCUGUGACGGCAUCUCAAGCUGUGUGUUUCUCAAAGAUGGCCGCCUAGCUACCACCUCCUACGAUGGACGGAUAGAGAUGUGGGACAUGGGGAACAGCUGCAGGACCGCUCUCAUCGACGCCCACACUAACACGAUCACAGCGAGUGACAUCACUGCAGACAGGAAGAACCUCGCAACCGUGUCUCUGGACUUCAAGUUGAAAGUCUGGUCUGCGGCUGCAGGUAAAGAAGUGGCAGCCUUUGACAGCUCGAGCCCUUUGAACUGUGUGACCUUUGACCCUGAGGGUCACCUGCUGGCUGCAGGUUGCUGGGACGGGAAUGUGAUCGUUUGGAACUGGCUCCAGAAUAAAAUAAUUAAAAACUUGUCGGGUCACCAGCGCUCCGUCCGCAGUCUCUCCUUCGCUCCCUCGUCCUCCAUGCUCUGCUCCGGCUCUGUGUCCGGGGAGGUCAGGGUGUGGUCGGUGGCCACCUCCACCUGUGUGGGAUGUUUCCAGGCUCACAGCGGAGCCGCGGAGGCCCUCACCUUCCUGGAGGAAGGGAGGAUGCUGCUGAGUGCCGGCUCGGAUCACGCGCUUCAUCUCUGGUCAGGGGGCCUCGGACGUUCAGUUGCUGUGUUAAAAAGUGACGAGUGCGAGCAGGAGCCUCGUCGUAAGAAACAGAAGUGUGAAAGCAGUCCUCCAGCUGCUCUGUGUGUGGCUGUUAACAAAGACUAUGUUGCUGUGGGAUAUCAUAUUGACGGCAUCAAACUCUUCAGUCUGGAGACAGGUGAAAAGAUUUGGGCCUCACAGCUGGCCGAUGUGACCGUGAAGUGCCUGCAGUGGAUCUCUGUGGGCGAGGACGAGACCCAAACGGAGCUGCUGGUGUCUGCAGGGAACGACUUGCGUAUGAGAGUCUGGAAUAGGAAAGAUGGGGAGGAGGGGAUGCUGGGAGGUCUGUACGAGUCGGGGGUGUUUACUCACCAUUCACGCCCCAUCCUCGCAACUGAACAAAACUCAACCUGCCUGGCUACAGCUUCAGAUGACGGCUCAGUUUGUUUGUGGCCGCUGAGUGAACUGGCUGAAGACACCUACACUGAGCCUCAGGACGUGAUGAGAGGACACACUGGAGGAGUCACCUGUCUGUCUUUCAGCCCUGAUGGUGGACAGCUGCUGACCGGUGGGAAAGAUAUGGCCUUGCUGGUUUGGGAUGUGACUGAGUGUCCUGCUGUUCUCUCCAAGUCUCCUCACUCUCACAGAGACUGGAUCACUGGCUGUGUUUGGACUCCAGACUGUGUGAUUAGCUCCUCAAACGAUGGGAGACUUUGUUUAUGGGAUCUGCAGGCAGGCCGACGUCUCAAAGAAAUCUCCUGGCCCAGUCCUCUUACGUCUGUCUGCUGUCUGGGUCAGUAUGUGAUGGCAGGCUGUGCAAAAGGAGCGCUACAUGUUUGGAACUGGGAAACAAGCACAGAGGUCAGCCACAUCGCUGCACACAGCCAGCGUAUCCACCACUGCUCUGUCCUUCCAAAUACAGAUAAGGGUGAAGAAGGCAAGUCAGAGGAAAUGACGGUCCUCACUGCUUCUGAUGACGGCUCAGUGCAGAUCUGGAAACCUCUACAGGUGGAGCACCUCAACACCUUCCAGGGUCACAGCGGCUCAGUACAUGGAGUUGUUCCCAAACAAGGACUCCCAGAAUUCCUCACUGUUUCUGAAGACUGCUCACUGCGAAGCUGGACAUUGACAACAGACGGUCCUUCCAGCCUGAGAGGUCCCGUCACAGCUCUGUGUUUCUCUCAGAGAGAUGAUCUGCUCUUUGUUGGUUAUGAAUCUGGUUUUCUGGAAAUUUGGCAGAACAACUCUGUGGUUGGCCACAAGCAGACUUCAUCCAGCACCGUCACAGCGAUCUGCUCCAUGCCUGAUAACCAGUACGCUGUUAGCUACAUGAAGCCUGCUGUUGAUGUGUGGAAGCUGGUGUGGAAUCAACAACGCAGCACAGCGAGCCUGGUGAAGGUAAACACGCACAAAGUGGAAGACCCGGUGGUCCACCUCAUCUACAUCUCGGUCCUGUUGGGCGUGUGUCAAGACGGAACAAUACUGGAUGUGUCAACUACUGAGGAAGACAGCUGGGGCCAUUCAGUCUCUAAUUGGACGGAGUCAGUACGAAUCAUGGCGCUGAUCAGAAGCGACCAAAAGAGCAUGUGGCUGCUGGGAGAACAACAAGGACAAAUUGAGAUUGGCUUCCUCUUUUCAUUGGGCUCCAAACAACGUUUACAUUCAUCGUUCUGCUCGACCAGCCGAACUGACGACGAGGAGGAGAAGAAGAACGGGAGCCUGAUCACAGCUUUGACUAUGGAAAAAGAGUUCAUCGUGUGUGGAGACGUGAAGGGCAACAUGUGGUUCAUCCAGGCUCCUGAACCUUCCACAUGGCGCAGCAGAAAACCUGCCCACAGUGACAGGAUCAGUGUGCUGAGACUCACUGACAGCACCAUCAUCUCAGCCUCCUAUGACAGGACAGUGAAGCUGUGGGAUAGAAACACCAAGAAACAGGUGGGAAUGUUUGUGUGUGGAGGUCCUGUUCUGCUUUUGGAGGUGAACCCUAAAAAUCCCAGCGAGCUGGUUUGUGGGGAUGGACAGGGAAAGCUCUACUUUCUCUCCUGGAAAGAAUAAUCCUUCAAAUAUUACACACUAUAUUACUCUGCUUACCAAAGAUUGUCCUGCUUCCUCUUAGCUUUGGUGAUGAUGGUGAAUGUGCAAUACAUAGAAUACAAUACAAUAGAAUACAAUAGAACGGGAAAUACUUAAAUCUUAUACAGGAAUAAAUAUCUAUGCGAUGGCUUUGAAUCAAUGUUUACAACGUGCCUUUGAUUUAAAUACUUUAGUACAAAACUUGCACAUGUAACAAGCAAGUAUAAAAACACUAAAAUAUUAAAAAGUGUGUUCAUCAGUUUUAGUUUUAGAUUAGUUAAUGAAUGCUUGUUUUAUUUGUACAUCAUGGCAGAAUGAAGAAUAUCAAUGAGGGAUAAGAAACACUCAAAGUAAGAAAUAUUGCACUAACCCUGGAUGUUGCUCUCUGUGGAAUAAAAAUUAUGUUUAAAGUG